CACUCGGCAAGAAGAUUCCCCUGAUGCCGGUUGCGCUGCUAGUGGUGAAAUCAGUGAAACCGUUCCACGUGUUAUACAAGAAACAUGGAAACUCCUAGAUUAGAAGGUGGAAGGAUUAAUUUGGAUGCCCCUCGUUUUGACCAGUCAACAUUUCUUGGACGUGCCAAGCACUUUUUCACUGUUACCGACCCAAGGAAUAUUCUACGUACAGCAAAAGAACUUGAUGAUGCGAAAGAACUUCUUAUACAGUACAGACAAAAGAAAGAACCUUCAGGAACCACUGAUGCACAAGUAUGGAAAGCUAAAAAAGUGUAUGAAUCAGCAUUUCAUCCUGACACAGGAGAAAAAAUGUUCAUUAUUGGCCGAAUGUCUGCCCAAGUACCAAUGAACAUGUCAAUAUGUGGUUGUAUGUUGACAUUUUACAAGAGUACGUCAGCAGUGCUAUUCUGGCAGUGGAUCAAUCAGUCAUUUAAUGCUGUUGUUAACUACACAAACAGAAGUGGAGACUCCCUUAUCACAAAUAAACAACUGUGGACAGGUUAUGCAUUUGCCACAACAGGAGCUGUUGCUGUAGCCUUGGGAUUAAACCACUUAACAAAGUCGGCACCACCUCUGAUUGGUAGAUAUGUUCCAUUUGCUGCUGUUGCCGCUGCAAACUGCGUCAACAUCCCUCUUAUGCGACAAACAGAACUAAUGAGGGGAAUUCCAGUGACAGAUGAAGAUGGAAACAGAAUUGGGGAAUCUAAGGCUGCUGCCAGGAAAGCCAUAGCAAGCGUUGUUGUUUCCAGAAUAAUCAUGGCAUCUCCAGGAAUGUCCAUCCCACCAAUAAUUAUGAACUAUCUGGACAAAAAGCCUUUCAUGAAGGUGAGUGUCAUGUUGUGUUGUGUCCUUUUUUGGGUGAAUAUUGUUUCACUCAGUUACAUUCUGCCUAGAAAUGAGAAUAUUUCAUCUUUAUAUUAAAAUCUGGUUUGAUUCAAAAAGUCAGUGAUGGAUUUUUUUGUCAUUCUGGUG